ACAUUCACCACCACGACACGACCCCAAUCCCGACCCUGCGCAAGCUAUUGCGACAUCCAAGCUAUAUCGCCUGCCGCGCAGAAACCUACAGAGAGCCUUGAUAGUUCUUACAAAGUUUGCACGCGAACGGGCGAGUCCUAGCACUCGGCAGAUAUGGGAGUCCAGAAGAAGACGCGCAAGUUUGCGCAAACCAAGAGGAUAGUUGGCCAACGAGAUGCUCGACUCAAGAAGAACCAAAUGGCCGGCGAGCUAGAAGCAAAGAAGAAAGAGGAAGAAAACAAGGCAAAGCGAGAAAUCCCACAAGUCUCCUCCGCCCUCUUCUUCCAAGCCAACACCGCCCUCGGGCCCCCCUACUCCGUCCUCGUAGACACAAACUUCCUCUCCCACACCGUUCACGCCAAGCUCGAGCUCGACAAAGCCCUCAUGGACCUGCUAUACGCCAAAGCCACACCCAUAAUCACAACGUGCGUCAUGGCCGAGCUCGAGAAACUCGGUCCAAAAUACCGCAUCGCGCUGCGAAUCGCCCGCGACGAGCGCUGGCAGCGGCUCAAGUGCGAGCACAAGGGAACGUAUGCAGAUGACUGUAUUGUGGAUCGGGUGCAGAAGCAUAGGAUUUAUCUGGUUGCGACGAAUGAUAGGGAUUUGAAGAGGAGGAUUAGGAAGAUUCCGGGUGUGCCGAUUGUUAGUGUGGCCAAGGGGAAAUAUGUUAUUGAGAGGUUGCCGGAUGUGCCUGAUAGUCAUUAGAUUGGAGAGGAGGGUGUUGCUGGUAGGGUCGCAAUGGGUUAUUUGCAUAGCGAACGGCGUUUAGGGAAUGCUAGGUAGGUAGUGUUAUCCAGAGAAGCAUUUGGAAGUCAUAGUGACAUCGAGGUAUAAAUAAGCCCCGGCGUGUUGUGUGUUGUUCAGAGGUUGCUGGUGCAGAAAUGAAUGGCACGUAUUUAUAAAAAAAACGCACAUUGUUAGGCGAAGGUUGGGAUGAGUGUUCAGAGAUUCAUGA